AUGCCACCGUUCGUCCCCCGCAAGCGAUCCUCUUCUGGGGAUCCACCCCCGGCCAAACGCCCCCGAGCCGAUGCUGCCCCCUCCGCCGUCCUUGACUCUGACUCCGAUUCCUCUCUGAGCGACGCGCCCGAGCCCCGCGAUGACAGCGGGGAAACACAAGACGAGGAAUCUUCUGACGAGGAUGAGGACAUCGACUGGGAAGACGCUGUUGGACCCAAGACCAGCGCGACCACUCCCACCACCGGCCCGGAGCUACAAGAUCUCGAGUUGGUCCUAGACAAAAACGAACCACACGUAUCCGACCUCUUAGACGGCAAGAAAGGACCGAGCAAGAUCGAGCGCCAGAUCCGUAUUCAGACACACUGCAUGCAUGUCCAAUGUCUGCUCUUCCACAAUGCCAUCCGCAACGCCUGGCUCAACGAUGCCAAGGUUCACGAGAUCUUACGUCAUAAGCUGCCUGCGGGCAUUCACCAGGAAGUCCAGAAAUGGCGAAUCGCAUCAGGAUUGGAGAUUCCAGAGCGAAAGCCAGAACCGCCUAAGAAAAAGGGGAAGGGGAAGAAGGCUGCCAAAAACAAAGACUGGAGCGCGGAAUCAGAGCGCCUGGAGCCCGGCCAGCCGGACAUGAGUCGGGGCGACCCGAUUAUCUCGCUGAUGAAGGUGCUGGUCGCAUACUGGAGGAAGCAGUUCCAUAUUACGGUGCCGGGACUACGGAAGCAUGGAUAUCGCCCGGUCUCAUCACUCGAGAAAGAAAUCUCUGCAUUUAAUAAAGAAGAACAUGAACCAAACACCGGUGGAGAGCGCAUCGUGGAUGUCAAAGAAUUCCGAUCGGUGGCAGAACACAUGCAGGGAUCGCGAGAUGUCGGUGCCCAGCUCUUUACAGCGCUUGUCCGCGCCCUCGGCAUUGAAGCGAGACUCGUGUCCAGCUUGCAACCAUUAGGCUUUGGUUGGACCAAGGCGGAGAUCUUCACCCCGUCUAAGGAUACAAAGCCCGAUAAUCCUGCUGAAGAGAAGGAAGAGAAGUCUGAGGAAUCCGAGGCAGAAACCGAUUCUGAAUAUGAAUCGACAAAGAGGAAAAGAAAUGGCCAUUAUGACAAGGACCUGCCAUUCCCCAUCUACUGGACUGAAGUGGCUUCACCAGUCACCAACGAGAUCAUUCCCGUUGACCCGUUGGUCCUUUCGAACCCGGUAGCAACAACGCCAGAGCUACAAGCAGCAUUCGAGCCACGCGGGGCAAAAGCUGAGCGAGCAAAGCAGGUCAUAUGCUAUGUUGUUGCACACUCGGCGGACGGAACGGGGAAAGAUGUCACGACAAGAUAUCUCCGUCGGCGGACAUGGCCUGGCAAGACCAAGGGCUUUCGAAUGCCUGUGGAAAGGAUCCCGGUACCAGGCCGUCGGGGCCAGUUCUAUGAGUUUGACUGGUUUCGGAUGACCAUGCGGGGGUAUGUCCGGCCAGCAGACCGGCGAACCACGGUGGACGAGCUCGAAGACACGCGGGACCUCCAGCGCAAGCAACCCGAAAAGAAGAAACCCGCGCAGACGGGGGACACUCUGCAGAGUCUGCGAACAUCCACAGAAUUCGUGCUGGAGCGAUUCCUGCGCCGUGAGGAGGCGCUGCGGCCCGGCGCAGAAGCAGUCCGUACCUUCGUGGCAGGUAAAGGCGCCCGGGCUAAAGAAGAGCCUGUUUACCGGCGCGCGGACGUGGUCAAAUGCAUGUCUGCAGAGAGCUGGCACAAGGAGGGCCGGCAAAUCCAGGCCGGCGCAGUCCCUCUGAAACGAGUCCCCAUCCGGGCCGUGACACUCUUGCGCAAGCGCGAAGUUGAUCACAUGCAGCGCGAAACAGGCCAGAAACCCAUGCAGGGCUUAUACGCGCGCAACCAGACCGAGUACAUUGUGCCGCCGCCCAUCCAAGAUGGUAUCAUUCCCAAAAACGACUAUGGGAACAUCGACUGCUUCGUGCCCAGCAUGGUCCCGCGCGGUGCAGCGCAUGUACCAUUGCCCGGCACCGUCCGCAUCUGCAAGAAACUUGGCAUCGAUUAUGCCGAGGCUGUGACCGGCUUUGAGUUUGGGUCGAAGAUGGCUGUCCCGGUUAUUCAGGGUGUGGUGGUCGCCGCCGAGAAUGAGUCUCUCUUGAAAGAUGCCUGGCGCGUCGAUGCCGCGGAGAAGCAGAAGCGCGAACAGCUCAAGGCUGAAAAGCGCAUUUUGCAGACCUGGCGCAAGUUCUUGUUUGGUCUUCGCAUUACCGAACGCGUCCGGGAGGAGUACGGCGGAGACUCGGUGGAGGCUCGAGAACGAGACACCCACAAUCCCUUUGCUGUCCGCAAGAAGGACCAGCCGCCUGAGGAAAUUGAUCAUGGCGAGGAUGAAGAUCAUGAGUCUUCUCGCGAUGCUUUCGACCAUGGCGGCGGCUUUCUUCUACCCGGUGAAGAUGACGACGCUGACGAUGGGUUGAUAGUCGAACAACACCCUCCAGAUGAGCGGGGCAAUGCAGCCGAUGAAUCUCAUAAACAACGCUCUGAUCGAGAGACAUCGCAUCCUGUCUCCAUCUCGUCCGAGUCGGGCGAAAGCUAG